AUGCUGGCAGCCUUUGAGCAGGAAGCCAAACAGGUCAACAAGCCCCGUCUCAUGAUCACUGCGGCUGUUGCUGCAGGAGUGUCCACCAUCGAGGCUGGCUACCAGAUUGCUGAGCUUGGAAAGUACCUGGACUAUAUCCAUGUGAUGACUUACGACUUCUAUAGCUCCUCGGAUGGACGCACCGGAGAGAACAGCCCUCUGUUUGGUGGGAGUAACAGCUACCUCAGUGUUGAUUAUGCGAUGAACUAUUGGAAGAGCAAUGGUGCCCCGGCUGAGAAGCUCCUUGUUGGAUUCCCAACCUACGGACAUAACUUCAACCUCCAAAACCCAUCUAACACUGCUGUUGGGGCACCAACAACAGGAGCUGGGCCAGCUGGACCUUACACAAAGCAGGCCGGGCUUUUGGCUUACUACGAGAUCUGCACCUUCCUGGACUCUGGAGCCACCCAGGCUUGGGAUGCCCCCCAGGACGUGCCCUACGCUUACAAAGGCAGCGAAUGGGUUGGCUAUGACAACAUCAAGAGCUUCAACAUCAAGGCUGACUGGCUGAAGAAGAACAACUUUGGAGGUGCCAUGGUUUGGACAAUUGAUCUGGAUGACUUCACUGGUACUUUCUGCAAGCAGGGCAAAUAUCCCCUCAUCACCACCCUGAAGAACAGUCUUGGUCUGCAAAACAGCAGGUGCAAGGCCUAUUAACCAUCCAGUCCUCAAGUUCAUGUAGCUCCUAAACAUGGAGGUGGAUUGGGAGUGUGAACAUGAGUUGGCGUAACCACUCAGGUGACUGUGGCAGAAGCGGUUUGUGUGCUGGCAAAGCCAUCCACUCUCCACCAACCAGUGUUUGAACAUCAAAAUUUCUUUGAGAAUUAGCAUGACAAUUUUGUCAAUAUUAAUUGCUCCUGCUACAGCUUGAAGAUACCAAUCCUAUUACAGCAAAUGAUCCCUCUGAUCUUAUUGCCUGGAAUAAGAAUGAUUAAAUAAAGUGUUCUGUA